AAGCUGUCCGUCACUCCAGUUUACGGAAGUGUAUCCCCCCGCUGCAAAGAUGGAGGACGAUAUCUCAGAUUUGAGCAGACCACGAAUGUAUUUGUUCGGUGAGCUCGCCUUUUGCGCAUAAAUUUGUCAUUUUCUUGUUGCACAAUCAGCACGAACACCGUGUUCUCAUGCAUGUAAGAGCUGUUUAUAUUUUUAGGAGGAUGAAGUUAGCUAAAUUGGUGGUUAACCCCCCUGCUCCUUCUCGCGCCAAUUCAGCUCUUUUGUUAGCUAGCCGACAAAGGCGUGGAAUUACACAGUUUAUAUCUAUUUUAUCCUUAUCUGCUAUGUGCGUUCAUGUACACUGUGCAGGAUUAUUGUAAUUGAAGGAUAUUUACACGUUUCACGGUUGGUUUUUCCCCUCAGGUUGUACUCUGAAAUCGGACAAACGGGAGUUCAAAGUUGACGUAGACGACGAUGAUACGGAGCAGCAGCUGUCAAUCAAAGCAGUAAGGACCAACCCCUUUUUAUUUACACAAAUAUCCAGAGACAAUCGCCGUCAGAGUGGCAUCUAUGUACGGUGGCCGAGAGUCGCCACUGCUGUAAAAAAAAAAAAAGAAGUUACAACGGAAGUUACUAAUGCAAAAAAAGAAACUGAAGCCCGCUACAAAUAAAAAAAGAAACGGUGCAAAUUAAAAAACCACAACAGAAGUUAACAACGCCAAAAAAAAAGUUAGCAAUGAGGAAAAAAAUUAAUUACUGCGAAAAUAAAAAGAUGCAAAUAAAAAAAAAAGCCACAAUGGAAGUGAGCUGCUGGGGACCAAUAAUGAUGACGCACCAGUGCAGCUCAAGGAAGAACAUUUAUGAUCAUUUCUUUAUCAUUUCCAUGAAGUAAUAAUCACCAUACUGCAGACACAGUAGUUCUUCUGCCUUAGUGUCUCAAUCUGAUUGCAUUACCAUGAAGAAAUGAUCAUAAAUGUUCUUCCUUGAGCUGCGAAACCCCGCUGCAGUCAAUGGACUUGCCCGGAGGUCUCGCUACAAACAAGCCGCUGCUGGAGGAGAGUAGGUGAGUUGUGUUUAGUCUCUUUGCUAAAGUAAUCAGGCAAAGCUAAAAAGAUGUUUGGUGGCUAGCACUUUGGCUGGGACCCUAUAUGUCCUGUUGAUGAAGUUAGGUGCUGUUCUGAGCAUUAUUUGUGGCUAUAGAGUGGUGUUUUGGUUGAGGUUUGUUUAUGGCUCAUCAGACAGCUGUGUAUUGCUAUCUUGCUGUCGUUACUAAAGGUGGUCUAACUAUAGAAGUUGACAGCAUUCAUCUCUCGAGGGGGUGUCUAAUUUUACGCUGGAGUAUCCCUUUAAUUCUCUAUGUAUGGAGGUAUCACUUAAAAUGUUUAACUGAUUGUUUCCAAACAGGAAAGAUAUUUUUGUUAAGUAUUAUUUAUUUAUUUUCCAGGUGUGUCUGGGAGCAGAGGCCGAGGAUAAGUUCCACCUGGUGGAAGUCGAGGGUCUUACUUAUGAUGGAAAAACAACCAAAGUGCCGCUAGUUGCUCUCAAACCGUCUGUCCUGCCAUCUGUGAGUGACCACCUGACUGAUGUGAUUGUCUGCAAUAAAUGAGAUCUUGACAAUCACAGUUAAGUUAAUCUUAUCUUUAUUUUUUUUGUUGUCCAGAUGAGUCUAGGUGGAUUUGAAAUUACACCUCCAGUUACCUUUCGUCUUCAGUCUGGCUCUGGACCGGUUCACGUCAGCGGGCAGCAUUUUGUUAGUGAGUAUUAUUUCAACAGCUGGAAGUGCUGCUGUGAGUCUUUUUACAGAAUGGCAGACAAAUACAUAGAAACUGUAUUUCAAAUUUCAAAUUAAUUUUAUCAUUAACCUACACCACACUGUGUCUGUUAAAGGAGCAGUUUGUGUCAUUUAGACCCACAAUUACAAGUUUAACUGUUUUAAAGUAGACGGCAGUGCAAGAAGAUUUACAAUAAUGGAUCAUAAAUGGUGAAGGCAAAUGAAAAUUACUCCUCUGAAAAUAUAACAGUAUUUGUAGAUAAUAAAUAUGUAUGAAAACCAUCUCAUCACUGUGUUUACCUUUCAGGUGUGAAGGAUUCAGAUGAUGAAGAGGAGGAGAACAACACGUCACCAGUGAAGCGACCUGCAGGCCUCACAUCGGGGAAGAGGCCUCCACAGGUGAGAAGCUUCAAAUGGGAAUUGUAUCGAAGAACUUUGUGUUUUUAGAUUCAAUUCUGGUUUAAAAGAUGGGAAUCCACUAUUUUAAUGUUGGACUGGUGCUUAUUUACAACCUGAAGGCCCAUUUAAAAGUAUUACUGUAAGGGUUGUGUGUCGGUAGAAUAAGUAAUGUCAUUAAGCUGUAAAAAAAAAAAAGGGCUUUUUCUCCUUUUAAUUGUGUUGAUGGUUCAGGCUCUCUGUUUAAAUAUCUCAUGUAUUAACUUGAGUGUUUUUCCCUUUCUUGUAGAAAAAACUAAAGAUGGAUUCUGAUGAUGAUGAAGAUGACAGCGACGAUGAUGAGGAGUAUGUUUCCUUUUACCAUAAUAUUUUCCUCGUACACUUUCGAUACUCAGUCACAUGUGCAUGUUAAAUCUAACUCACACUUUAAUCAGGUUCCCAAAUACUAGAAAGACUAAUCCUAAACUUUUUUCUAAUCUUGCUGAGUGAGUUUCUCUCUUGCUCAUUUUUUGCAGUGAUGAUGAAGAUGACGACAGUGACGAUGACGUGAAGCCUCAGAAGACGAUUGGAAAAGACCUGAAAAAAGUAAGCCCGACUUUCUAUGUUUCGCUUUAGAGACAACAUUAGGUAUUUGAAGGUUUGAAGAGGAAGAGAACUGAGCUUGAAAACUCUGCAGCUGAGAUAUUAUUCUGAUUUGGAGGUGCAGUAGGUACUUAUUUAUAAAAGGAAUGAUCGCUGAAAGCAUAUGAUUAAUUGAGCUUUCACAAAGCCAUGAUUUAGUCCAAGUUACACAGAAGUUACAGUCUAACUUUGACUACAAGUAACAGCCAAAACCUGCUUCAUUUAAUCUUUUUUCACUCAAGACGACUGAGUGAUGAGCUGAAAUUCACUUUGAACGAUGCUGUGAACCCUAAUGUUGAAUUAGAGAGGAUGUAGUACUAUCUUAUCUCACUGCUGCGCCGCAUGCCCUUGGCAGACACAAACAUCCACUUAAGUACAACAACAAGGAGGAGGUGGUUCUUCAUUACACAACGUUGUUUUACUGUCACUGGCGGGUUAUGUGAGGAUUAACUGCAUUAUGUGUGCGUACAAGUACAAAGUGCAUGUUUAAAUCCCUGAUGUGGCAGACUGUGACACCAGUGACAGUACUGAAACUGGGACACCACACCACCCACUCCUGUCAGGACAAAUGUGAACAAAGAUCAUGUCCAGCUGGUUGCUGCUGUGGUCAUUCUGCACGUUCUUAGUUUUGGAUCAUUCUGAUUCCACAUAUUGAAAGAUUUUAAAAGACAGCAUGCAUUAUUAGGACUUAAUUAUACAAUGUGCUGCUCUGUAAUACAUCACACACAGACAGGAAGAGACACAUGCUGAGACACAAAGCACGACCUGCUGCUCUGCUUGUGCGCCUGAGCUUGUGAGUGUGGAUAUUAACUGAAUGAUCAGAAAUACUUUCCUACCUGGGAUGGUGUUAUUUUGGGUCUGGCUCUUUAACCAGCUGCUUUUCUCACUGUUUGAAAAUCUUUGACCUUAUCAUUAAUUUCCCUCCAUGAUUGGCUUUAUCUGGCGAUACUCAGUGGAGCAGUGACUUCUUGGGCGCUCAUCAGCAGAUACUCGUAUCUCCUCCUGGAGUGCGUAUCAAGCCGGGUCAUACUGGAUGUCGUGUUUUGCCUCAAGUGAUUAAAAAUGUAAAUUUUCUUGCAUAUUUUGUAAAGUGGUGUGUUUCGUUGGAGGUCUGGCCUCUUGUAACCAAACCAAUGAUCACACUGUGAAAGUAGCUCUUUAUGUUUUUUAAGGUUUUGUAGCAUCUUUUGAAGGCUGACCUGUUGUUUUUGCACUCUGACAUAUUAUUGCUGUUAUCAUGAUGCAUGCUAGAAAACGUAAAUGCAUGCAUCACACGUCAUUAUGGUGUUAUAUCACAUACAGUGUAAAGUGGAGAGUGUGAUAUCAAACAGCCUUACAACAAGUCUUCCAACAUCUUCUAUGAUGUAGUCAAAACAAUAAUGUGCGUACUGUAUCAGCUAGUUAUCCCAGGCGGGUGAUGCCAUUUCAUCGGGCAUGUGCACCAAUAACCCAAAUUAAAGGAGAAGUUGUAAAGAGUAUGAGAAGAUAAACUGACUUCUUCUCUCUCGUCUUGUGGGUUAAACAGACCGAAGAACAUGAAAGUUAUGAGCAGUGUUUGUCUUUGUUUGAAUAAAAGCUGAAUUGGCUGCAUCACUGUGUUUUAUGAUCUAAUCUUGUCUUAAAUCGGUGAAAUUUUAACAGUUUGCCUUCCCUUUGAGCAUCAUUUCAAUUAAUAAUAAAGGUCCAAACAUCAAACUUUGCUUCAAGCUCGAGAUUUGAUUAGAAACAGUGUUUCCUGUUGUCCACCAGGUGUCAGGGUAGCCAAGAGCUUGUCCUGAGUGUGUAGUCGUCCUUUCUGCAGCUGCAGUCUGCCGGCUCCUUUUUUUUUGUUCGUACCUCAUCAUUUAAACUCCCACAGACUCUGUCCUAUAGUAACAUUUCAUUUAAAGCGGGCCCUUCCCAUCCCUGCACCCACUGACCGUCCACCGGCUUUUUGUCAGAGACAAAACAUGGAACUUUUUCAUCCUGUUCGCUCAUGUACCCACCUGUUUUCCAGCAGUAAAACACAGGGUCUGUGUGGCGUAAUGAUCGGAUUUCUCCUCUGUAAUCUGCUCGGAUUCUCACUGUCUCACCAACACGACGGCACAGUGUUAUCUUAUAGACACACACGCACACACACACACUCUCAAAAGUGUGUAGAUAUGCAUAGUACCGUAGUUGUAUAAAGCACACAUACGUAUUUGCAAAAGUGCAGACAAUUUGCAAGCAUUGAUGAUUAAAAUAUAGUAUGUAUCUUCAGGGAAACACACAUGCAGUUUCUCUCUCUCUCUCCCUCACACACACACUUACACACUCACUCUAUGGGAACCAUCCUCCCCCAUUUUUCUGUACCGCUGCAUAUCUUUGUCCCUCUGUCAUCCCACUGUUAAUAUGAUUGCUCCUUUUUAUCGUCUCUCAUGCCAUUUCAGCUUUGCACCUGGCCUUUGCCUUUGAACACUUGUUUUGCGUGUUACCGCAAUCGUCUGCGAGCGUGUGUGUGUGCAUGUGUGUAUCUGCCUCAGGUUUAUGUCAGUGUCUGUUAGUGAUUUCUUUUUUUUUUUUUUUUUUUUUUUUUUUUAAACCCCAUCCCAGAGGAAAAACUGUGCCAGGCGAAAGAUCAAAGCAGGGCAGAUGCACAUACCUGUGAUGUGAGCGUCGAUCCUCGCCUCAGGGUCAGAUGACAGCUGAGCAUUUCUGUCACCUGUUGAUUUAUUCUGUUGUCUAGUCCUCCACCUCCUGCGCCCCCACACCCCUCCACUCGAUGACCCUUAUCUUUCCCUCAACUCUCGUCCUUUUAGCUUUUUCGUUGUGAAAGUUUGUUUGAUCAGAUAUUUGAUUUGAGAGAAAGAAUGAUGAUAGAUUUUUGUUUCUAAAUUGAGGGUUGACUUAGUCUUUAAGUUUCGUACUAAAAGUGAAAGCAUACUGACUGACAGUUUAAAAGGUUAAGCUGCUGCUCGUCAGUGAAACUCCAUAUUUAAAGCAUUUGUGGAGUAAAGUGAAUUUUACAUUGAAGCCUUUUUUUGAUUUACAAAAGCAAAUCAGACCAUCAGCGAAAAGAUUGGUGGGUGUCAGCCGGGCAGCAGAGGAAACAACUGUAGUGUCCACAAGUUUUAGCAGAGAGGAAACUUGGGCUGGGCGAUAUGGCCUCAAAUCAAUAUCACGAUAUAUUGAACUUUUUUUCAUGGGGCACAUGUGCUACUAAGGUGAAAAAGUAAGGAGCACACAAAGAACAUAAGGGGCACAAUGACAAUUGAUCAAAUAAUGUGUGUCUUAUUGGUCGACAUACCAUUAUUUGAAAUCAAUUUUAGGUCUUUUGGUCACAUGACAUGGAAGCUAUUGAAGAAAAUGUUUAAAAUUUGCCUUUAGAUUCAACACAAAAAUUUUUAAAGGACAAAUUAGAGAAAUGAAGAGGUGUUUCUUAUUGUCCGACCUUAUUACUGUUAUUUGAAAUCAGUUUUAGGUCAAUUGGUCACGUGACAUAGACGCUAUGAAGGGAAGACAGGGUUUAGGGUUUAAAAUUUUAUGUAGUACAAUGAAAACUAUUUUAGCCAGUGUCCAAACUUUGAUGGGGGGACUGUGAAAGCAAAUGUGAUGAGCUGGAUUAGGGUUUGGAUUAGACUCAGGGUGCAAUCAUUCUCGUGAUACAAGAUGUGGAAACAUGCUGCCUACAUGUGAAUUAUGUGUUUGCAGUUUAAAAGCACUGCUAUGACAAAUGAAGAUGACUCAUUUGUUCAGAACUUCCUUUACUCUGCAGAAACUGCAAAACAUACAGAGCUCUCCUGGACUUCAGUGACUCCACCAAGAGUCCAAUGAGUAGACCUUCACUGGUCACAUACAGAGCAGCAGGUCCUCAUGGAGCAAGCUGAUUGAAAUCAUUGUUUAAUAUCCUUCAAAAAGAGCUUGUUGUUUUAGCCGUGCUCGCGCAGCUUUACAGUGUCAUGUAUCACCAGGCAUCGCUGGAGGAAAUAACAUGUGUAAUUGCCUUGUAGCAGUUAUGUCAACACAGGCAAUUACACUUGUAGCCCGUUCCAAGGUGAACAUCAGUGAUUGCUAGGAGAGGGUUGGUGCUCAGGAAAUGCAGGUACUUGCCUCGGCUAUUACAAGGUAAUUACACAGGUGACUGAGAGCAACGCAGACCUGACGGGAAGGCUUCCAGUGUGGGGAAGAAAAAUGAUGGGUUUUAAGUAUCCGAUCAGUGACAAAUUACCCAGUACGUCUGGUGCCUCCUCUCUAACAAUGUUUAAAAAAUCAAUAGUGAUGUUCUUGUUCAGUUUUAUUGCAAGUAAUCAAUCAUUUUUUGGACCACAUUAAGGCAUGUGUUAUUAAGGCAGAAUGGCCCAGAAAUGUUAGGAUUUUAUUGAUCUUAGUGGAUGAUACCUGCAGCCAGGUGAGCCUAGUGUACUAAAAAGUAUUCAAAUAAAUAUGUGGACCUGCGAAACAAGCUACUUGAUGAGGGAAACAGUGCUCAACUUUGAGAGUUUUUCAUGUCUGCUUUGCAUUAUUAUAGUGUCUCUUAUCGUACCAGACUUGAUGGGGCAGCUGAGCUCGUACGGUGCGCUGCAGCCUUUCAGAGUCAGGUGGUGAAGCAGACUGAGCACAUCUCAUCUUUGACGUAACAUCCAGGAGCAAACAGCACUUAGACUUUAUGCACUCCAGAGCAACAAAUCUGGCUUUCUAAAGAUAUGUGUUCAAAAGAGACAAAUAGAUUGAAAACACACUGUGAGAUCUCUGGGAGCAAACAUCUACAAGUGAUGUAGUACAAUCAGAAGCAGGGUCCUGGAGCCAUCAUGAGGGCCAUUUAAGGACUUUAAGAAAUGCACCAAGUAGGUUUGGUUGCGUAACUAAGAUACUGACUUUGGUUAUAUUAUAAAAGAAGAUAAUUCUGCAUUUUAUUUGCAUUGAUUUAUGAUUUUUUCUGAUAAAACAUCUUUUUGAUCAAUAUCUCGAAACUUCAGGUGACCCCAAUUUAAAGACUUUUUUUUUUUUUUUGCAGCAACUUUUCUGCAGCAGAUUUUGCAGAUAGAUGAUCCAUCACGGUAUACCUCUUGCAGUGUUUCCCCUAGAAAUUUUUGCAGCUUUUUUAUCAGUUUUUCUUCUUUUUUUUUUUUUUCAGAGCUUUGAGUUGUCAGGAAAGAAACUCAGCAAGACUCCUGUGAAGCAGAACGGUCCUGCAGGAAGAGCAUCGGGAUCAGCUGGCAAAGCGAUGAUUAAAGUAAGAGAGGCUGUGCAUGAUCUCUUUACUGGUGGUUGUUUCCUUAAUUGGCUCACUGGUAGUUUUACAGUCGGAAAGUGCUUUUUAACUAGCUUACACAGGCCUGGAUAUGAAGUCACCUCACUGGAUAAAUCUGUUGUUUCUUUUCCUGAUCUGAAGAAGAUAUUAGACAUUUGUUUUAAAAAAAAAUCAAACAAAAAAAACCCCAGAAGACACUGAUCAAAAAAUAUUGCAUUCAGAUACGUAAAAAUAUAUAUUAUAAACGUUCACAUCCAUGCACUAAAAGGCGAACCAUGCAUUGUAAGACCUUUUUAAAUGUUCAAAAGGCGUUAUUUACAACGUAAAGCUCCAAUGGGGAGAUGUCUUUCAUCAUAUUCAAAAGCAAACCACAUCAUCAGGAUCAAGAUUUAGGAUUUUUUGUCCUCAUUUUUGAUGCCUGAAACUGGUGUGAGGAGGUAGGUGUCACCUUUACAGCCACUUUUGUCCAAUAUAUCAGAAUAAAAUAUUCACAAUAAAUGAUAUAUUCGACUGUUGAAGUCAGCAGGAUGAGAUUGAGCAAACUCUGUCCAAGAAUGCACAGAGAUGGGCACCAACUUAACAUCUCACAGGAACUUAAGUAUAAUCAAUUGCAUAGUAAUUCGUCUUUUAUUUGCUUGAAUUAAAGUUAAUCGGUAUCAUGUUGUGUGUUAUGUACCAAAAUAUAGGGCUGGGCGAUGAACCGAAAUUUUAUCAAAACCAAAAUUUACAUCAAUAGCCGCUGUAAUUUUGCCCAGGUCAACAUAUUCGGUGUCAAAAUAAUCAAUAAAUAAAAGUUUGUAUGUCGAGGGAAAGACAGGUGAGGAGAUGGAGGACGGUUCAAAAGUUGUAGCGGCUGGAGCAGGAGGGGGUGAGCAGCUUGUGGAGUAGCUAUCGUCCAUUUAUCGUUAUCGAGGUGAAUUGCUCAAUAUAUCGUGAUUUUGAUUUGAGGCCUUAUCGCCCAGCCCUACCAAAAUAUGCAUAAAAUUACUUUUUCUCAAAGCAACACAUUACUUAAACCCCCCAUGGUGUAAAUCAUAAAGACGUUGUCCCAUUAAACACAACCGAACCAAAAACAGGAUGAAAUGCUUUGAAAUUGCAGAAUCAGAAAGUGUGAGUGACUGUGGGUAAUUGUCUGCAGUUAAUGGCCGUUAAAACUAAAACGUGCUUAAAAUCUAAAGGAACAGGAUCGUGGAUAGUCUCCUCGUUCGAAGGAAUGCGGUAAGUGCUCAUUACAAUUAGCUCAACCUGAUAGUUUAUUUCUCAGGUGGAAUGUCUCGGCCAGCCGCCUCUGAAAACCUAAAGCUUGAACUCUGCCUCUCUUUAAGUAAACACACCUGACCUCUAAAUGGGUUUCCUGGGGCAAGGUUUAAACCCCUGACCCCUCUGCCUGACCCCGCCGUCUUGUGUUGCCGCCACCUUUGAUACCCCCACUCAAACCCCCUGUAGCACACAUACAUUAAGUGACACAAAGUGGCAAGCUUCUCUGUAGUUAAACUCAAAAAGCAUGUUACUCUGAUAAAAUGAAGCAGACAGAAACUCUCAUGAGUUGACGUACGACUGCUGCUGUUUUUUUAUGAUGAACACGAUUAAUGCGAGGGGUCGUUUUCUCUGUAACACGCAUGAAAAUUGUGCACGAAGUAGAUUAUCAUUUCAGGUCUGAUAUCUUAAAAGAAAGGUGUGAAUUUUCACCAUGUUACACACUGAGCUGCAGGAUUAAAAAAUUCCUGAAACCAGACAGCGAUUCCCCUCUGGACCAGCGCUUCUGUGGGAGAGUGGAGCUUUUUAUUUUUUUUUGCAGUGGUUGGUGUCCAGACAUAACACAGCAGCUCUUGAAAUGCUCAGGGGGAUUAGCCAUCAGGCAGCUAAACUGCUGAAACCAUCCUGCUAGUUUAACUUUCUGGCCUGUGGAGCUUCAACUGCCCCCAUCCCAUUUCCCCUCCUGAACAACAACUGUUCCCGCUCUACAACCUCUUCACACCCCUCACUUCCUGGACACACCUUCUCCCAAUUGCUCUCAUUACCAGCGUUUGAUGUCUGGUGCAGCUUGCGCUUCCAGAUGCCCCUGAGGAGUUGGAAGCGGGCGUGGAUGUCUGUUUUUUCUUGACUAAACGCAGGUGACUGGUCAUUACACCGGCCUGUCAGAUCUGUUGCCAGUACCGCAGUUCUCACCUCUCGCGGCCCAGCGUGUCGCUGCACCUUCUUGCAUAACAGGCUGGACAUGAGAACCAGCUAACUCGUGUCGUGCUGAUUUGAAGUAACUUCAUCUUGCAGCUGGUGUCUUUUGAUUGAUGGGUUUGGAGGAGCUGAUGCCUUGGAGCACACGUCACAGUCGUAAAGUUGUUAAGCACUCCACUCAGGCUUAUCCGAAAAGCGUGUGAGUCAUUGUUUUAGUGACUGAUAGACGUGUGUUAGAGCAGGUGCCUAUGUUGUUCUUGUAAGGAUGUUUUCUUCCAGCUGAAGUCCUUUUCACACUUGCACUGCGGCCCUGAACUUAUCCACACGUUACCCUAAGGAGCUGUUCGCUCAAAGCCAAAAGUCAAAAUCAGUUUGACGCCACAUAUAACUUUUCCUCCUUCUAAAACUUUUUUGUAAACUUUUUGUACAAAGUUCAGCUGCUAUUCUCUUUAUAAAUUCUUUCUAUCUGUGUCAAAAUUGUACAGAUGGCCCAAUACAUAUCUUAUUUUAAUGAAAACAAAAAAGUAUUUGCCUUGAAAGCUUCUGUAAAGAGUCGUUUUGCUGUUCAUGAAACUUGAGUCGAUGCCUCUGUAUGAUCUAAAGCAAACCAAACCUUCAGAGUGAAGAUUGAUCAUUUCUAUACAGUUAAUUUAUCUGCUUGAAAUCAACUUUUUUGCCUGCUAGCAUUAGUGUUAACUUCAGGAAGUGAGAGGCAACAGCACCCACUGAAAGUUCAGGUGAAUCAUGACCACAGUGUACAUAACAACAACAACAACACCAGCAUCACAAACUUCAAGUCUCUCAUUUUUAAUCAGUAUUGAAAGGUAAAAAUGUCAAGCUGACAUUUGAUUGGUCAUGUAAGUGCUGGAUUAAACAGAACUGUGUCUGACUCAUAAUAUAAUAUAAUGUUAAUAGUACAUAACAAUUAUUUGCACCUGCAGAAAUCCGUCUAAACAAGGUUAUCUUUGGUGUUGCAAAUACCUGCAGUUCCUUGGGUGUCCACUUGAGGCUAUCUACAAAAGUACUAGAAGCUACACAUACACACACAUUUAAGAAAGCCCAUCUUUACAGCAAAAUUAAACACGUUUACAGCCUGUAUGUGGAUUUGAAGCCAAAUAUCCCUCGGUAAUGCCGAGAUUUUUCUUCAUUUCCUGAAACCAGAGCUGUGCAGUAGCAUUGUACGCAUUCGACGGGAGAGUCACCGAGAGUCGCUGUGAUGACGCUCGGCUCAAACAGCGUAUCCCCCGGUUGAGCAACGCAAUCCCUGAACGCCAAUAGGCUGUAUCAGGUGUCAAUCAUAGAAAACAUGAACCCCCUAAUAACUUUUAUUACAUGUCAACAUCGCAAGCAGGGGAGAGAAAAAUGUAUAUUCUGUGUAGUAAAUUUCUAAAGUUUGUCCACAGCUCCAUAAGCUUUGCAGGCAGAGGCGGGAUUUAUGACCUAUACUGCAGCCCGUCAACAGAGGGUGCUGUUCUCGGAGUGGCUUUACCCAGCAAGAAGGCAGACGCUGUCCAUUCUAUAUACAGUCUAUGGAUGUCACUGAGACUGCAUCCAUGUUUCAUACAGUCCAUGAGGCUUUAAACAACUCCCUGAAUUUUUAAAAACCUUCUGACCCAAAGAUGUAAAGUUCAUUUCAUUCUGCAGAGACUUUCUUGUUAGUGAACAGGAUGAUAAAAGCAAAGAGAGAGCUCCUUCUCCUUCGUCCACAAUGGUUGCUCAAAUCAACGUAAUACAAACUUCUACACAGACUUUUUCAACUUUAACAUAAAAAAAAUCUUCACAAAGAGCUCCUGUUUCAGCUUAAAGUCAAGAGUUUGAGGAUUUAGGAAUAAUAGAUUAUUGUUUCUGUCUCAAUGUAGAGCUGUAGAAUAAUCCAGUACUUUUUAAGUACCACUGGGGGUAAGUUCAGACCCAGUAGAGAAGUUCUGGCACAAGUUAAACAAAACAUUUUCAAUAGGUGAGAAUGUGUCUGACAUGGACGCUGUCCCAAUGUGUGCUGCACGUGUAAGGAGACAUCUCUGGACACUGUUUCUACUUUAUAUGUAAUGAUGAUUUAUAUAAGAAGAUGACUUACGACACUGUGAAUUUGCCGUCUUCGACAUGAAAAGACCGACCAGACCCGGUGAGUCAUCGUUUUCCCCAGACAAGAGCGCUCAAAGCUCUCAUUCCAACAAAAUGACAAUUACCCUCCCUGACACACCUGAUGAGCAAAGGUGUCACAACCAUGUGUUUGCACUGGAUUGGAGACAAGAGAUUGCAUCAAAUGAUAGCGUGCUUGUGAUUAAGUUCCAAGUUUCGUGGCAUCUGUAAUCAGUGUCUGGCCCAGAUGAAAAAGCUUGCUGGCUUUGUGUGUUUAUCAGCUGUUUCAGGUCCACAGCUGUCCUUUGGAAGCUGAGAGCUGCCCAUAAAUAAUAAAUACGCUGUGUAUUUGUCUGGAUGAGAGCCAGCAGCAUAUGCGCUCCUUUCUUUUUUUGAAGUGUGGUAUGUGUGUGUCAAGGUUUUCUGCUGUUUCGUCUUUUGAUCUUUGCUAUAAAAUGCAGAACUCUUGGGGACAGGGACAGAUAAUUGCAUUUUUCAGCCCAGAGAGAGAUUUUAUAUUCCCCAGGAUUGUCCACCUGUUUGUCACCGUUUCAAGCUUCAUGCUGCUUUUUUGAAUCAUAAAAUAGCAGAAGGUGUCAAAAGUAUUGAGUGGGAACACAUUACAUUUGGUCAUCGCUUUUUCCAAAGAAACUGACCGCAAAGGCUGGGGUGUGUGAAAUAGCUCUGGAUUUGAACAAGAUGAACCAUCUCUCAGUGCAGAAUUAUGACCUUCUUCAUGUUGCUUCUGCUACUUAGACUCAAGACUGUGGAAAAUGGUUAACUUUACAUUAUAACCUAACAGAUACAGGAGACUGAUACACAUUAAAUACCUUUUUUAUCAGCUAGAAAGGUCGGUUUCAUGGUCAAAAUGCAAACAGAGGCUUUCUGCUGUGUUACAAAUACGUGGGUUCCUGGGUGAACUCCACAGAACAGGACCUUAAGGUCAGGAAGGCACUAGUGUGGAGGGCCCUGAACGGUCUGUGAAGAGUGUGGUGCUCGAAUCUCUCCAGACACACAAAGCUGAACCUAUUCCAGCCACUGUGGAGUCUGUUCUCCUGUAUGGCUGCGAAAGCUGGACCCUGACACCCACCCUGCAGAAGUCCCUCGAUGGGUGCUACACCAGAAUGCUACGAGCUGUUCUGAAUGUGGACCAGAACAUCCACAUUACCAACAAGGACCUGUAAGAGUAACUGCCGAGGCUCAGCAAGAAGGUAGCAUCUAGGAGGAUGAGGCUGGCCGGCCGCUGCCAUAGACAUCAGGAGCUCCCAGCCAGCAGACUGGUCCUAUAGGAACCAACACACGGGCACCGUUCGCGAGGACGUUCAGCGCUAAUGUAAGUGGACGUCCUGAAGAAGGAUGCGGGAGCUGAAAGCUCUUUGGAGCUGGCCGGGUGUAUGGAGAAUCGGGAGGAUUGGAGACUACGAUGGAAGCUCGUCUGAGGACAACCGAGAGAGACAGCACUCCAAGAGGCUGUUUGGAAAAGUCUUAUGAUGUGCUGGUUUGAUUGGGGGGGGGGGAAGAAACAACAGGACAACAAGUGGCCUGUGGAGGGUGAUGGCACAAGUCUUAGAAAACUGGUCACAGCCAGCAGGUAGGGGUGUCCAGGUGAAUCUUUUUCACUUCCAAUAUGAUACCGAUAUUGUAGCCUUCAGUAUUGACUGAAACCGAUAUUGAUCCGAUAUUGGCACAAAUUUGUGCAUGACAAGUUUUGCACUCAGCUGCAACGUCUUUUUUGGAAUUAGACGAAAAAUACUGCCACACAGACGACAUCACUCUUACUCCUUGAUACUUUGUUUGUACCCUAGUACACUCUGUUGUUGUGAUCACGCGGGUUCUACAUGCUGGAUCUGGGCACUGCUAGAUAGAGGUGCCGGAGCAGAGUCUGGAAUGGACUGUUUGUAUUGGAGUGCUGAUAUCAGAGAUUUUCGAUGCAGGCCGAUAUGAUCCAGCAUUCCUUUUUUCACUGAUAUCAGACCGAUAUCCAAUAUCAAUAUCGGAUUGAGACAUCCCUACCAGCAGGUCCGUUUAUUAUCUUUAUCAUAAGUUGUGCCGGGCAGUUAGAGAUGGUACAAAAAAGAGAUUUACAUUUGCAUAAAAACUGGUCAUUGCUUCAUUAAAGAUAAUAGUCACCUGUAUACAUACUUAAGCAGUUCCAGUUGUGCAGACAGUACCAGGAAAAGUUUGGGCUCUGGAGUCUCGUGUCAAACCACAAACAUGUAAACUGAUUUAUCUCCUCAGCUGAAAAUAACAACUUUGUGCAUCCAACCAUCUUUCAUUGAGGGUUUAGUUUAAACAGUGAUGUUACUCAGAAUAAAUAAGAAGACAUCUGAACGCUGAAAUGCUGAUUAACAGCAAUAAAAAAUGGUUUAGUUUGUAGCAUUAACAACUGGAGGGAAAAUUCAGGACGUUUUUGAGUUUUCAGUGAUUCACUGGGGAAAGAGUUCGUUACGACUUGACUUCUUUCCUCUUUCAAACGUCUCUCUCACUAUCAAUGAAACCCUGCAAUUUUCACUGGAAUCCACACUGGCUUUGCAUGUAUGGACAAGUUCUGUGGCUUGUGUAACACGCAGCACCAGUGUAUGAUGUGUGUGUGUGUGCCUGUCACAUUUACACCCCUCUGAUUUGAGCCUGAAGUGACUAGUCUUGGACACUGUUAUGGGCCUGCAAACUGCAAACAACAUGUUCUUUCAAAAUAUGACCUAAAAUUUCACAAAGAACUUCAAAAUAAGGUUUUUCUGUGGAGCUCAACAUGGAGCUCUAUAAUGGACACUCUUUAUGGAUAGUGUGCUGACAGCCAAUAAUAAUACUGUACCCUUGAAUUGUCUGUAGCACAGUCUGUAGACUGCUAAGAUGUGAAAAUCAAAUCUACAGACAGUGCUAAGAGUAUUAUCAUGUUUGAGCAUUCUCUGAGCUGCAGUCUACAAUGAUACAGUUUUGAAUAAAUUCAUACAUUAUUUUCAUCUCCAAAUGUCUAGUAGUAAAGAUUUUUGGACGUAUGCUCUGCUGUUACUAUUAGCCAUAAGACUAAAACAGUGUUGUGCUAGCUACUGAAAAAUAGGAACUAGUUACAGUUACAAGUUACUUUGUAAAAAAAAAAAAAAAACUCAGUAACACAGUUACUUAAACCAAAAAGUAAUGUGUUACAGAGAAAGUAGCUAUAUAGUUACUGUAAAACGUUCUUCAUUUGCAUCCACAUCGCUAAAUCUAAUCAUCCAAGCAAUAUGAUUCGUUGUGCACCAACACAAACCUUGACACGAAAACCAAAAUUUUACCAUUGGACUUUUGGAAUAAUAGCCUGAUAUCGCUAAAAAAUUGAUCCAAAUAAAAAAACAUACCGUGCUAUUGUUUUAUCAAGUUGUGCCUGGCUAUGGGUCUGUCUUUUGAACUCCAACCACUGCUGUUUGGGCGGAGUGGGUGUGUACUCGCUGCUGUGACUCUCGGUCUGGGAUGCUGCAUUAGCUACCUUUGUCGGAGCAUGCCGCUUCUCUAGGUGCUUCAGUAGACUGCUGUUGCUGUUGUUCGCCGUAGAAAGGAUUUUGGACCCGGGACACAGUUUACAUGUUACUGAAAUGUUGUUUUAUCCCUUUGCUCUCGAGUUGAAAAUAAUGUGAGUAUCUCUAUGAGGAGAAACUGAUCUUCCCCUUCUCGCUCGUCAUCAUGCUGUGCCCUGACCUGUUCAGUCCUCUUCAUGGCGCAUAUUGGAUUACGUGUGUGAUGCUGGAGGGUGACAAGGGCUUUGUUUUUCCAACUCCAUUAAACUUUAUUGAUCACUAAAAUGUUAUGGGAACUGUGUGCCGUUGUAAAACCUCACCAAAAGGAACAGAGUAAUGCAGUGUUUAGUAACGGAAACGGAGUUACUGGAUUUAAAAAAAAGGUGUUACAUUAGUUACUGAAUAAAGUAAUGGUGUUGAGUAACAGCGUUACUAAUGACUACUACUAAACACUAGAUUAAAAAAACAUUUCCAAACGGGUUUGGGCACAAAGUUUCAAAGUUUGAACAAGGACUUGUCUACCAUUCUGCAGGAUUACCAGUUCUUUGAACAACACUCUGUAGAUGUUUGGGGACCAAGGAGGCCAGUUUCCUGAGUUUUUAAAGGUCACUUUUCUUUCCUGAUACUUGCCAUAGUAUCCUUGUUUUAUGAAGCACCAAAUAUUUUAUAUAAUAUUUAUAUAUUUUUAUAUUUGUGUGUUGAAGUGUGUGCUUAUACUAGGCCUUCACUUGUCUGCCGAGUGAAAUAUGUGGCGUACAGAGAACAGUUUUCCUCUUGUGUUAACCUGUAUUUGCAACAAACUGUGCUCCUAGUAGUCAUUUUUAGCUCAUGCAGUGAUCUUCACUACAGAGUCGUGACUUUUUUUUAAUGCAAUGCUGCCUGAUGGGCUCUGGGGUGCAGUUGUGUUGCUGGCAUCACAUUUAAAAUGAACAUAAGUUAUCCUAAAACAAACCAAAAACAGUAAGUUUCAACAUGUCAUUGUUGUCUUUGCUUUAUUUUUAAUCACAUCCAGGAUUUAAGUGACUUGCAAACCACCAAAACCUGUUUUAUUAGUCCUACAGUCCCAGAUCUUUUGGGAUCAGGGUUGUGUCUGUUAAGCUCUUGAAUGUAGAUCAGAAAUAACAUCAGCUUUUAAUGCCAAAGACAUCUAUUUGAUGUCAGGUGUUUGUUCUCUUCAGUUCACUUGUGGGGAUUUGCCAUUAAAGGAAAAAACACACUUGACAAACAAUCUCUAUUGGUGAGUCAGGGCUUGCCCUCUCCUGCUUGCAAACAAUAAAAACAUAAUUUGUACCUGAUGUAUUUGUGAAAAAAAAAAAAAGAAGAGAUGGUGUAAUUAGGCUAGAAUUUGUUGUCCUUUCUGAAGCUUUCAUCUCCCUCCAGCUGGUUGCUCAUGCCAAGCCCGUAAACUCAGACCCAGUCAAAAUGGGUCACGAUAGGGCUGUAGCUCAGACCGGCCUGCUGGUCAGCAAAUGGAUUCAUCCUCAGUAUGUCAGACCUGGCUCUUUUCAGUUGAGGUCAAAUAAGAACACAGAAAAUUUAAUAGCAGGAGCUGAAGUUGAGUAUUAAAUGAAAUAUUGUGCCCUGGUAUAAAGCUAUCUUUAAUCUAAAGCCCCAUAAAUCUGUGUCUAUUUGACAUACCAAUGAGUCCUCCUUAUCUAAUUGAUAUAUCUUUUUGAAGACACCUGCCCCGGGAAAAGACAAACCCCAGGCUGGUCCGUCUAAAUCUCCCUCCCUGACUGAGAUUAAGAGCAAGUUGUCAGCAGCAGCUAAGGAGGUAAGGCUGUCAACCCCUCUUUGCAAAUGACUGUGUUUAAUUGAAUGUCUUGAUGUGCGGUUAAGCUGAUGAUUUAAUGGCCUUUUUUCAUCAGGGGAAAAAUCUACCCAAGACAGAGCAGAAGUUUGAGAAUUACGUCAAGAGCUCUUUUAAAAUCUCUGACAAGAAAGUAAGUCAUGUUUUUGAGGCAUAUAAGAUUCGUCUUUAAGCUUUCACCCAGUUUUUGUGUUUGCAUGCUCAGCUAAAAGAAGUUGUUGGGUUUUCUGGACAUUUUCCAGUCGCCGGGUGUUAGCAGCCAAAGUCACAUUUACAUCAACCUGCUUUUCAGCGUUAAGAGCUUUUUGCCAUGAUAGAUUCCCAGGAAUGCAUUAUUGUUCCCCGUGCUGUCCUCAUACUUCCUCGCCGACCAUUAUGCCCCGAAUGUCUCUGCAGCACAGCGUGUUCUCGAUGAGUUAUAUUCAUUUGUGUCAGCGGGCUCUUUUGAGAUGGAAUGGGAGUACACCUGCCAAGGCGAGCUCUUUCUCUGUGAUUUACUGGAGUGUGUCUUUUGUAGCCUUAAUGAAGCGACUGGGGGUAUGUGGACGGUACCAGUCUCUUUCACGUUCGAGGCCUUUGACCAAUCUUAAAAGGAGUUUUUUUUUUUUUUUUUUUUAAUGCACGCCUUAAAUCUUUUCUUGUCAUUCUAGAGGAAAAACAACAGCCUCUGCAGAUUGUUGUGCAGAGCAGGAAUUAAUCACUUAAAACCCUUUGGAUGAUCACCUCAGGCUUAAUGCUUUUUAAGGACUCGGUUGGAUGUAAUACUUUUUUUUUUUUUGUUCAUUAAACCAUCUGUACAAAGGUGAUCACUCAAACAUUCGUUUGUGUUUUUACUGCAGUAUUAAAAUGCUAGCAGUACAGCUAUGAGAGCAGGUGAAAGCUCUUUAGACCGGCGCAAGAGCUGGUUGGACGAGGAAAAGAGCGAGGGGGUGGAGUUGGGUUGUUGAUCCCAGUGUGUAGAAACAUCUGUGGAAGUGCUUUGGUUUCAUCAGCCAAGGCUGAGAUCUGUCAGACCUGGAGCACCUAGUCAUAUACUCUGGUAUGUACUGUUGCCCCCACCCAACCCCUUGUCGUUCCCCCAACAGCCCCAUCUAAAGUCAGCGUUCCCACAGGCGAGACGCACAAAAGCAUGUUUUAGUAAAAGUGAGUCAUGUGUGUAACGCUGUAUAGCACCUCAUUUGGAUGAUUUAUAAUUCCUUUCUUCUGUUCUGUUGUUACCUCCACCCCCACCCUCUCCCUCUUCCCCGUACCUUCCUCAGGUGAUCACGGACCUUUGGAGUUUUGUACAAACACUGAAGACUGGGAAGAAGUAACACACAAUUUCGAUUUGAAGCAUUUAUUUGUUUUGCCUCCUGCAAGACAUUUAAAGGCACAGUCAGCGACAUUUCCUACUUGGCCUUAUUAUGUCAUCGCUUAACUCAAACUUUGAGUGUGCACACAGACUGAAGCUCAAAAACGGGUGCAGGCAGAAAUGAUUUAGGUGUCAUUGUUUUUUUAAAUUUUUUUAGAGCCAGUUUUGCAAUUCACACAUGAACUCACUCAUUCAUGCUUAGCAGGUUGACGAUCUUGGCGUAUAACUUUCAUCACGUGAAGAUUCAAACCACUCAUAGGGAAGGAAAGGAAAAAAAAAUUAAACCUGCAGAUACGGCUGCAAUCCAGUAAUCAUAAGUCAUUACCCUCCAGUCAGUAUUUCCACACGUGUGUGUAAAACGAAGUAUUCAAGCUGGGUACACACCUUUUAAUCUGUUGUUCUUCAUAAAGGAACUUUUUACAUUGAUAUUAAUAUAAAAAACAGUAAUCAAAACCUUAUAUUUGGUUUUCUUUAACGUCAUCGUUACCUGACUUCAUUGAAGGUUAACCCACUGUCAAUUUGUUCCCCCGAAAAGAUCCAAACCCACUCUAACACAGUGAGACGGAUCACAGACAACUUGAGCAAGAUUAGCCAGUUUCUGUAGAAUUCGAUAAAUCUGUGGAUCUUUAUGGAUAUUGGAAUUGUAUUUAAGACUGGACUUGGAUUGUGGAGGUGGGCAAGCUAACUUUCAAUAAGUAGUAACUUUAUUUUAACUUCAAUUAAUGUUACUUAAGCAAAUGUCUUUGUUUACGGAUAAUCAAUCAAUGGAGUUGAAGUUUUUAUGAACUGUACUCAGCUCUGAGGGUGUGUACAUAUUCGGCUAUCUUCACCAGAAAUACUCUAAACAUGAUAAUCAUCACCAAUCGUGCAACCCUCAGCAAGGUCACAAUUAUUUGUCUCUUAUCUCUCCUGUUCAGUAAAACUCAAUUUUGGGCUGCAGCGUCUAAUAGUUGCCUCAGCCUAAGCAUCAAAAUUCAGGCCACAAUACCUGAGCAGGGUAUUCGUCCCGUCUGUAGAAAUACUGCAUACAAAGUAAGUUUUCUGUAAAAAACAAAGUUGAUGCAGUAUUUAAAACUCAAAAAUAUUCCACCUGCUAGUAUGUAUAACUCAAAAUGAUCAGCCAGAGAAAUUCAUAAUACAGUUUGUAUUUUAAUUUUCCAGUUUCACUCAUGGUCCAUCUGUUUACAUUGGGGGGGGUGGGGUCUGUGACUUAAGGUCCUGACACACCGGGAGCGUUUUUUUCGUGCGAUUAUUUCAAAUGUCAAUAGUUUUAAAAAAAAAAACCUGUAUCCUGUCAAUACAAGCGUUCACAUCAGCGACGUUUUCCCGUUCUGCGAUAUUGUGGCAUUUAUUUUUUCCGUAUCACUAUCAAUUUUUCUAAAGUUUCACAUACUGUUUUCACUGUCUCAAACAUAAUCGCGUUGCUUUCACCAUUAGGUCGCGGUUGUUACCUUACGUUUAUAGAUAAUAGUUUAAUGUGCUUAUCUGGUUCUGGCCCCUUACUCAGUACAUGCUAUCAUGACAGACAGCCAUCUCAACACUAGUGUCUGAUCAGAACUGAACACGUGUCUCUUUUUUCCCCCCGGAAAGUCGCAAUAUCGCAUCACGCUGGAUGAGUAUAGUCAGGCGCAUCAAAAUUGGCCUCUGAAUAUUAAGCAAUUUUGCGUCGUAUAUUUGCGUCGUUCCAGGUGUGUAAGGACCUUUACUCUGCAGCCAGCCAGUAGGGGGAGCUCUGAAUCAAUCGGCUCCACAGUCAUGAAAAAAUUUACUUAUAGCCUUAUUUUUAACAUAAAGCUGAUGGAUCUCAAACUGCUUUGCACAGACACCCUCUGUGUCUGUGAUGUUAGUAAAGGCUCGUUGAUGUAUGAUAUUAAUGUUAAUCAGCAGUUAUGAAGUGUGUGCAGGUGGAGCAGCUUUCACACUCCAGAGGUUUUCCUUUCCUCACCUAUAGACGGAGAGAUUGAUGUACGCAUCGUAACCGCAGCUUCGCAACCUGAUGCCAUUGGUCGGGCCUGGUUUAGGUGCUUCACAUCCAUGACACUGUGUGUCCUGAAGUCAACAAUGCAAUAGGAGAUAUUGCAGAAUGUGCCUUUAAAUAUCUGUACUGUAAACAGAGACAUACCCGAGUCCCAUUUGUGUGAAUUUGAGCCAUAAAUACAAAGACGGUUAAGACAGCAGACGGGGACAGUGAUGACACAUAAGUCCUGUAAGGUGUUUUCAUGGUGUUUUACUUUAGAGUCUGGCUCUUGAAACAUGCUGACAGAUUGUACUCAUAAUUCACAUUACUGCUUCAUAGAUAAUGGACAGGAAUUGGUCAGUGUGGGGAAAUAACUUUUUUUUUUUUUUUAUCGUAUCAGUUUAGUUCAAAUAUUUUCAAACUCAAACACCAACAACACCAAAAAGCAAAUAAGCCAAAAGAAUCAGCUGCUCUAGAAAGAUUUCAUAUAAAAAAAAGGCAAGAUUCAAUCUGUAAACAACAAGAUGCACAUAUCUUCAUGCCUGUGAGAAGUUUGAACUUCUCUACUGGUGCAUAUCUUUACUGGUUCAACUGUUGAGGAGAAACAUUUAAUCCUAUCUGUCAUUUCUGCACCAGAGCAGUGUUAUCGCUUCAUGUUUUAAUACUUCACUCCACGUCUAUCUCUGUUUAUUUUAGCUCCAUCUAAACACACAGAACCUGCAAAUAUUAGAAAAAUGCCGUUUGGAUACAGUCAGCUGGUAUGAAUUCAUAUCAAGCCUGCGAACAUGUGUCAUAAUCUAAGGGGGGUCAUUAUUACAGUGAUUACAGCAGAAGUGUUCAUAAGAACCAUCCACAAAAGUUUAUAAAGAGAAUUAUGAGGUCUAUAAAACCAACACAGAUGCCCAUUUUUUUCUGUGAAGUCAUAAACAAAGCAUACAUAAAAUUAAAAACAAGACUAACUAGCUCCAGGAGUGUUUUUAUGGCGUGGAACCGACACUGUUUUCAGUGCAUGUCAGCUGACUCUAAUGCACUAAAAACUUAUUACAAGCCCAUGAUUAACACAGAUUAUCUUAUUUAUUACAACAUAAUCAUAUAUCAGAGUGACAUGACGGCACCGUUGCAGAAACCUCAUAAAGAACUCAACCCCGUAAUUGUUUGCACUCUUGUGUAUCAGCGCUCUGGUGACAAUAAGCGCGCACACACUGGCUCUGCGUAUGAUGUGUUUAUGAUCCUGUAUGAUGUCUUUUAUGAGCCAAAUGUUGGCAGUGGGAUACCAUCUUUAACCAAUCAAAUUGCUCGGUCCAACAAUCCUGCUGUCUGUGAAAGAUAUUUCAGAUUCCUUCGCUAUAAACUGCACUGUGUCGAAUAAUUUAAGUGUAUGAAGUUACUCUGAUAACUUUCCCCUGUCGUUACUAUUUCAAUUGGAGCCGGAAAAGUCAGUUUUAUGUAGAGCAGCAUUUAUCAUAGACUUACAAAUGCAUCCUUAAGAAGUCGGUCAUCAGUACUUUUUUUUAUAUUCCCCUGUCAUCAAACCUAAUGAUUUCUUCUUACUGUAAAUACAUGUUUUGCUUUUAUUUACAUGUACGGCAGCUGAACAGUCAUGUUGUUGAAAUGUAUGCUUAAUCCGCCCUCGCUAAUCGCUGGUUUUGCAGCUUGGAUCUAUUUUCAUGAUCUGUGUAUGAAAAGUUGUGAUUGGUAGUUUGGACUAGAUGUGUUUUUGUGAUUAUUUUUAAUGUUUGAAUUACUUUCUCAUUUUUAUUUCCUGUCAUUGCAUUUUAACUCUGCUUCCUUUCAUUUUGAUUAAAUACUGAAUAGUUUUGAUGCCGGUUUUUAUACAUAAUUUUGUCCAAAUGUAAUACGUGGUUGUGGUGAAUCUUAGGGAUGCAUUAUUUGUUUUUUGUUUUUUUUGCAGAUGUCAGAUAUACUUAGUCUUGAAUGCAUUUUGGUUAACACCAAUACUGAUACGAAUCCAAGGGCAUGAUUAUUCUGCACAAACCUGCAUCUUCCCCCACAUUGUGCACCAGUCAUCUUCUUGACAAGCAUCUCUACCUGGGUGGUGGUGCUUGCUAAAUUUCUUAGCUUUGCCGAAUGACUGAAGUCGAGGCUGCUGACGAGUUUUUUCUGUUCUUACUUUCCAGAAACUCUUGGUGCUCCUCAGACUGACAGUUCUUUAUUUGUACAAUUAAAUCAUGAGCAUUAAAGGGAUGUUGUUUACCUGUGCUUCCCAAAUACCCAUUUUGAAGUCUGUUUCUGACACUCCAAAAUACCUCCAAACAGCUGACUUGUUGAAGAUUUGCAGGCUGUACUUGUCAGUGGAAAAAAUUUAUUUUCUGACACUGAUAUUUGCAAAAAAAAAAUUGUGCAUCCUGAAUGAAUCCUAAAUGGAAAAAAAGGUGUUAAGCAUGUACAGAAAAAAAUGAGCAAUUCUCUAAAAAGCUGUUUGCAGUAAAAAGAUCAUGUUUAGAGCAGCAUAGAAGUUGUAGGUUCUGUCACUGUAUCAGGCUGUGAAAUAUUCAAGAUGUAUCCACACAAUGACCCCCUGUUUUUGUUUGUCAGGUAUAAUUUCACCUAAAUGACUUACUGAAAUCAACACUAUAUUGGGAGGUAUCCUCAAUUUGAUUCGACUUUUAAAGGUACAGUGUGUAGAAAUGGGGAUAUUUAGUGAUAUCUAGCGGUCAGGUUUUUUUUUAGAUACUCCCCUGCUCACACCUCAGCUCUAUUUUUUUUUUACCAUCAGAAACAUCAGUCAGUACAAAACAACAAACAUCCUCUAUUCUCUUAACAUCCUCUUCCAACUGGUGCAGUAUCUGGAAAACCUUGGUUGCUACAUUGAGCAGCUUCUGUGGAUAGAUGGUGUUUUUUAUAUUAAGGUAAAUAUAUAUGAUUCUUUUAACAUCCAUUUUCACCAAAUCUCUCCUACUAAAUAGCACUAUAUUCUACGUACUGUACCUUUAAAGACUCUGCUGCUCAUAUUUGUAAAAAAAAAAAAAUGUAACUGUACUUUUAUCUGAUUUGGUUUGAGUAGAUGAUGGCUGUCCCGACUCAUCUAGAGAGUGCAUAAUAUCAGUUUAGUCAAACUUCAUUGAUCUGUGGAUGCAUGACUGCUGGUGGUGAAUUUCAUUCUUGAUGGUUGUUGAAAUGAAAGUGUCCAAUCUGUAAUUUUUUUUAUCAUACCUGUAACUUUUACCCGAAUAAAAUCAACCUCUGCUGGUUUUAAGUCCCACAUUUUGACGCAUUUGUAAAACAAAGCUGAUUUUUUUUUAUUUCAAUAAGAUUUCUUAAUAAUGUUAUGUGUCUGCUUUGUCACUUUUAAGGUCAGAGUGGCCUAUGACUUUAGUUCGAACACCUACAAGAAUGAUACAAAUAUAUGAACAAGCUUGAUAACUUGAAUUUGGACCAAGUCUAGAAUCCUGUUUUCUGUUGUUAAUCAAUUUGACUGUUUUUUCAUUACCUGUCCAGGUGUAUACAUUAAGGAGGGAAAUGAUAAUACUGAGUUUUCUCUUCCAACCCUACUGCCUGGUGAGUAUUGUUAAAGAUAAAGCUGAAAAAGAGUGAACUUUUCCUUUAAUUAAUAACCGCCUAUCUGUGUUGUCACCACUGGGUGGCACUGGUAUCCAGGCCUUAACUUCAAAGCCAGACUUCAUAAUGAUAUUAACUGAUUAAGCUUUUACCUGAAGUGUGAGUCAGGCAUUACUUCAUAGCCAGCUGAACAGUUUCUGUCCCGUAGCCUGGAGAAAGUGAGGCGCACUAGCGGAUGCAGCCACGGGAUGACGCACGACUUUAUGUUCCAAACUAGGCAACCGAGAGGCACGUGGAAAUCCCCCCUUUGUGGUUGACUUGAAUUCCAGUUCGGGAUUUGACUGAACCAGCCUGCAGGUAUUGACUGACACACGCAGAAGCACACACCAGAAUCCUGAAACAGACACAAAAACAGAUGAGAGUAAAGUGGAGUAAAGAUCCUCAGACAGUCUGCUGCAGGAGGAGAUCUUACCUGUGGAAGCAGGUACAUAAAGAUGAUUUUCAGCAGAUUCUUGUUGGCAAAAAAGCUGCAAGAUUCAGCAAAGAUAAAAUAAGUAUUUCAGCUAAGUAUACCUCUAACAUGACUGCAAGUCUUAAGUGCAUUAUGAUGCUAACAUUGCAUAAUUUCUGCAGCCCUGCCAUACUUUAAAUGCAAACCAAAACAAUCACUGGGCUUUUGGUCUGCAUUGUGCGCAGUUACAAGUUUGAGAAGGUGCAUAUCAGACGACAAACAGGCUUCUGAGAUACCGCAGAUUUAGAACAGAGGUAAAAAUCAGGCUUUGGGGCCUUAUGACAAGAGUAGCAAACAGACAUGCUGUUCAGGUGAGACUGCAGGUAUCACUGACACACCAUCAGGCCAUUAGGGAAAUGUCGCCCUUUUCUCUGAUGCAGCAGUUACAUGAUCCGGGACAGGACAGUCACGACAGUCUAUUCUCCAUCUGGGGACCAUCAUCUGUGUGUGUGUAUUUUUGUGUGUGUCUGAGAGAGAGUGCUCUAAGGGGAACAGGUGUGUUUAGUUUGUGAGUGUUCUUAUCCCCCCCAUGAAGGAAGUGUGAGUACCACAAGACAGGAAGUUUGUGCUGAACAAAACCAGCCAUCUGCCUUAUUAAAAGCUUUUAGUCAGUGUGUGUGUGUGUGUGAGUGUGCGUUUGAGUGUGUUUGCUCGUGGGAUUAACAAAAUAUUCUUUGAUCCGCUGUGAAUCAUUGGUAAUGCUCCAGGGCAGUGCAGCACUAACAAACAUGUCUAUUCUUUGAAAUGAGAGCAUCAGAAGUUGCGUGUACAUCAUGGUAAAGAAAUAAUGAAUCACAACUUCAGGGAAUAAUGAGAUUUUAUGAAAAAUCUAUUUUAAAAUAGGCAAAACUGCUCUAAAUACCAAACAGUCAUACAAAUGUGAUUUAAAGCUCCUGUGAAGAACUUCGGUUUGUGUCCACUUUAGUGCCCCCUGUGGACAAAGCAGUCUCUGCUUUUCUUAUCCUCUACAUAUUUUAGCAGUGGUUUUUAACAAAGCAUCUUCUCCUGCUGACUUUGGCGGUCAAAUUUAUCAUUUAUUCCGAAUAUUUUAUGUGGAAAUAUUUGUCCACCAAUGCCAUUGUUGACUUACCAAUCGGCUGAGCUAGGCAGUGUUUGGAUCUGUUAUGAGUCUGCUAGAUAUUCCCAUGUCUACAUACUGUGCCUUUAAAACAGCUGGUGACAUUUUUGUGGAGUUUUGUAAACAUGCACCCAUCAGCUGUAACAUUGUGAGCACUGAUAGGUGAAUUGAAAGACAUGGAUUGUCUUGGAUUAUCCUGUCAGAAGGUGGGAUAUGUUCUGCAGCAAGUUGUCCUCAAAGUUGAUAUGCUGGAGUUGAAAAAUGGUCAAGAUUAAGGAUGUGAACGACUUUGAAAAGUCUUGACAGCUGGAUCAGAGCAUCUCCAAAAGUGCAGCACUUGUUGGAUGUUUUCUGCUGCGGUCUAUCAAAAGUGGUCUCAGCGGGGGGGGAACCUGGGAACCCGGCUGCAGGUUAAUGGGCAGCCAAAACUCGAUGAUGCAGCUGGGGAUUGAAGAUUGGCUUUGUUUGACUGUCCUUGUUUUGUCUCAUGCUUGAAAAGUUAAUACAAAACACAAAAUUAACUGAAGUUGAGAUUGAUCAGGAGCUUGUUGUGGUUUUUUAAUUAUGAAUAGAAGAACCUUAAAUCCUCAAACUGGCAACAACAUAUAGAUGCAUUUUGCCUCCGCUUUGACCUCCUUUGCUCAUGCGACUUGUUGCAACGAGUAUCAAUUAAGCUACAAAUUUCUAUUUGAUACAAUCACUCGCAUCGCUGCCAAGAGUGUUACUCCACAUGCUUCUCUCUAGACGUCUUGGAAGUGUCAGUUUAUCUCUCUUAAAGACCAGGCGCUCUUCUCCAUGAAUCCUAGGCACUGAUUAUGCAACCUCAUCCUACACUGUUCUUUAAAAUGCCUUCAGGGAAUGCUAACACGACUGUCAGACUGACUAUAUCACUGCGCUGACAACGCCUAUGCCAUGUGUUUUCACAACUCCAGUUUUGAUAGCUGAAAGCAACAGUGCAUGGCAACUAAGCCCUCCUUAAUUAUGAGGGUUUUCUGAGGUAAUGUCACUUUAGAGAGUUUUGUCCUGCAUCUUUUCACUCUGGUUUUCUCUCUCUCGCCGGAUGAUAUGUUUUGCAAAUGCUCAACGACGUCCUGUUUUAUCAUUCAGUUUGUAAUUCCAGGGUUUAGCUGCAGGACCUUUAAUUGAGGACAAUAUUUUUAGCACUCAUCCGUGGUGGAAAGAAAUGUAAGGUCAUGUCUCUGCAGGCAUGUACAUUUCCGCCCUUUUUUUCUUUUUCUCACAACCCAAAGGGAUGUGUGAUUUUAAACACAUCUGUGCGUCUAGUUUGAAAAAGUGUGCUUCACAACAACAGGUGUUCUUAACACGUGUUAAUACCAUGUAAUAAUUCUGCGGUUUAGACAUGCGGUCAGCUCUGUAGCUGGUGAUAAGUGUUGUUAUUAAGAAAGAGUGAGGACUGAGAGCGGUUUCGGAUUUGUUCUCCAGAAUGAGACAUGCAGAUGUGUUUUAAAGGGAGUCUUCUUUUUAAAGCCGGGCUGGCUGCUUUUGCACUUUGGCGGCCCCAAGUGGCGGGGAAAGUGAACUUUGAUUUCUGGGUGUUUGAACUUAAUUACCCUUUACCUGAUAGAUGGGCAUAGGGGAUGAGAUUGGCUGUUUUGGCCUUAAACAAUCCAGCUAAUUCUUAAUGAAGAGUUUUCAUGGCGAAGGGAUGACUGGCUCUUGUAGUUUUUCUUUCAACCAAUGAGAUCCUUUCUUUUUUAAAUUGCAGCCUUAUGGAAAAUUUCCCAAACUUGUGUCAAAGCCCUGAAUCAGAGAGCACAUUGUCAGUUUCCUCAGGUAGUAUGAACUUCACCUAUCACCCCCCAGCACACUCAGCUCACACACACAUCUCUACGGCCCCCCCUCACAUCUCCAAACACACACCCAUCCCUCCCAUGACAAUUGUUUUGACCUUUGCUCUGAGGAAAUAAGGCCGUCUGUGCUUGAUGUGACAGGUUGGCACAUCACCUGGAUACAAGCAAAUAAACGAGCAGAGGGAAAAAAUAUCAAGGGAACAUUUCAAGCAUUCACAGAGAGCUUUCAAAAUGGAACAAUGACUUCGCCCUGGGGGGAAUAAGUGAUCAUGCUGGUAUGUUUAUAUUAGACAGAAAGGAAGCCAUCAUUGUCAUCACCAGUGAUUUUCUCUUUCACGGCAAGAUUUUGACAGUUGACUGUAUCUUAAUAACAAUUCCCUCUAUGUUUAAGUCAAUUGUCACGGAUGAUGCGCUUAUGUAAACAUUUCUCUUCACACAAAAAAAGCAGGGAUUUUUUUCUCCUCCUGUCAGGAUUGAACUCUGUGGCAUUAUCAUGAACAGUGUGAAUACUAAACAGAGCUAUUUUUAACAACCCCGGUCUGAAAUCUUACUCCAUUUCGACGAUUGUUGGAGUGACUUCUGCAAUUUCUUUGUCAGGUAUGCUUUUGGCGUCGAGAACACGGAGGCUCGGGAUGUGCGGGGGUUGUUCAGUCAUGGAUUGGGAUCACAUCAGCAAAAACAGACAUCAGGGGAAGUAAUUGUGUAAAUUAGAGGAAGAGGUGGGGGAGUUCAUCAUCUAUCUUCCCGUAAGCAAACCCUGGCCCAGUAAAACACAGCCCAGUUGGUACAGCAAUAGGACAUGCGGUUAUUAAUACAGAAGAGGGAGGUGCGCUCACCUCGACAAGCGCCAACACGCGAGCGCAUUACCUCUACGGCUGCUAUGGCAAAGAUGUGAGCUGCAUUCCUCUGCCCACAAACUCUGAGCUUGUUUCCUUCAACAUAGAGGAGAGGCUUCUGAGUGUCAGGCUCAUAUCUGGGGGAGUUUGAGGGCUUAAGGGCUGCUAAAGGGAACUCAAUGUUACUCUCUAGUCUCAAUUCCAAGAUUUUUACUUCCGUAAGAUGAAAAAUUAAGAAAAUAAAGGUUUAAAAAAAAAAGGCUUUUUGGAUAAAAUGAUUCUUAUUUAACUUAAAAAAAAGGCUUUUAACUGUUAAGUUGAAGUUUGGAGGGUAUGACUGAGAAUAAUAAUGUUAUUGUGCAGCACAGCAUUUUUCAGAACAUGGUAUUCCAAAAAUGUCAUGACAGAUGCCAAGUUGUGUAACACUCAGUUUUAUAUUCAGUUUAAUAACAAUCAUAACACCUGGCUGUACUGCUCUAAUAUUUAAUGCUCUGCAACAUCUGACUUUAGCCUACAUUUGCUGAACCAAAAAAUAAGACCUUAGUGGACCAGCCUGGUUGAUUUAAGCUACAAAAACUGAGAAAUGUGUUCAGUCAGAAGAUUUAAACUCAGUUUCUAAACCAUGACCUCAAAUCCAAAUUUGAUGUAGACCAGAUUAGUUUAAACCUCUGUUGAACGGAUCCGGAUCUGCUUCAUUCAUUUCAGGGGGUCACCUGCAGAAUUGCCUUUGAGAAAGCUGUAAAGACCUACAACCAAUCAGAGCUGCACAGUAUGUGUUGACACCUGUGUCACUGUCUUGUAGAACCCGACUCAUUUCUACCUUGACGAGUAUGAUCUACCUGAAGUCAGUGGUGCAUCAUUAAGAGGGGCAGCAGCUCAUGAUCCAUCUGCCAGCAAAAACUGAUAAAAGUUACUGAGGCCCUUGGUGGUAUCUUGUAGUCCAGGGUUUGCAUUGGUGAAGUCUUUCAGAAGUAUGAUGGGUCAUACAAGUAUGUAAACAGCCAUCUCUGUGGGAACUAACCCCCAAUUUCCACCACAUCCGAAACGGCUGCGAAAAGGCCAUAUGCGCCGAUCGCAACGGCUUCUUUCCAUUUCGCUGCGGUUCAGCGGACUCCACAGCCGAUCGCCAGAGUUCUAUUUUUUCCGGACGCCGCGACAUAAAUUGAGCACAGAUUAGCCUGUGCUGGAAAGGAAGUCGGGCUCAGACACAAAAUAAAACAUCCGGCUUCUUUUCAAAAUAAAACACUACAUCUUUCAGGCGGAUCAUAUUUCACACCAUGCAAACAGACAGGGACAAACAAUUGUUUCACCCCGAUGACACCAUGGAUGAGGAGAUGCUGAUUCUACAAGUCUAGGAGUGGAUUCCCUCCCCUUGAAGGACACGAUAUACUGCUUAUAUGGUUAUGUGGCUGUCUUUAUGGAGACAACUUGUUAUUGAGCGAUUGCAUGUGAUUCCGCAGGUUCUUGUGAGUUCUCGUGAUUCCCGCUGUCCGUGCUCAGACUGUUAAAAGAGCUACUAACCUGAACUGCUGAUGCUCCCCAAUAGUGACUUAAACAGAAGCUUCUAUGCAGGACCUGACCUAUUUGGCUAUCAGGGAUCACUGAGGCAGCUAGACAGCUUCAAAGUGGAAAGAAACAGGAGGUGGAUGGGAAUUUCCCAGCAAUGAUGAAACGGAUAUAUUAAGACUACCUCACCUGCUUUAUCUUUAAGACAGGAAGUAGGAAAGUAAGAGUACCUGAGAUGGUUCUACUACUUCCUAUUCUUGUAAUUUAUGUGGUUUGAUUUCCCAAACUAUUCAAGUCACUCCUUUUAUUGUGAGUCUGCAAAAGUCCAGUGAUGAAGCUUCACCAUCAUCACACCUGUGUCUGUCUUAGUGGUUCCACAACAGUGUAUUAUUGGUGUGGUGUUGCAGAAGCCCAAGGGUAGACCCACAAGAGGAGCUUCACACACAUAUGCAGGGUAUCUGCAGGGUCUUAAAAAGUCUUAAAAUGUCUAAAAUUCUCUUAAAAUCUCAUAAAAUGUCUUAAAGACGAUUUUGAAAGAUCUUAAAUAUGUAUUAACUCUAAAAAUAACUUGCCAUAGGAACAAAGAUUGAUUUGAAGUAACGUAAAAUGUUCAGAUUUUUCUUUAUGUUUUUUGUACUUUUUUGCUGGUAUGGGUGUUGAAUGGGUCUUAAAUUGGAUUCAUUACGGUCUUUAAAAAGUCUUAAAUUUGGCUUGCUGAAACCCGUGUACAUUAGUUGUGUUUGCCGGGCUUUCACAGGCACAUUAAGAGUGUUAUUCCGUGUGUGACAUAAUUGUUUCAAGAAAGAUCCGGAUAGGCCUCCACACGGACAUGAAGCGUGGAUUUAUCUACUAUGUUUUAAAAAAGUAUCGUUUACAGUCACCUGAAAUGCCAUUUCCAUGUGGAUGGAUGCCGAUACAACAAUCAACUUUUGCGUGUAUUCCUGAAUUUGUUUCCAUGUGGACGGGGCCUUAAUCCCAUCUUCACGCCUCUUUGACAAUCAUUAUCUAUAACUCACCUCCAACAAUCAAUAUGCACAAGGUUUUAGCCUCCACAGCUAAGAUGGAUCAGAAAGGGUCAGUUCAGGGCCAGGCCCAAGUGAUCAUGAGGAGAUGUCUUUUCAAGCUCUCUUUCAGGGAUGUUUGGAGAAGUCCAGAAGCUGUAGGGUGGCAUUAAUUUCAACGCAGUCUCCACUUCAGUACGGGUUAAUUCCACUGAACGCUCAUCUAUCUGCUUUAAACUUAUCCGUCCAAGAUCAGCAGCAGCCUCAGGCAGCACCUUCAUCAUAUUUUUGACAGACAUCCCUCACUCAAUCCAGUGUGGUUCAACAAGGUAAUUUGUAAGUCCCCAAACUUCAGAAAGCUGAUAUCUGUAAUGACUCAAGCCCCCAAGCCC